AGCCUCUCGAGGGUCUCGGGCGGGAAAGCUCCUUUGUUCGCAGACCGGAUUUCCUGGUUGUGGGUGGGUUUUUUUUUUUAAAACCCUCGGCUCUCCCUCGCGUGGCUACAGAUCUCGCAAGGUGGGGAAGGCAGAGCAGGGUCUUCAGCACCUCGGGUUUGUGGCGUCGACGUUUCCACCUCCUCCCGCGCAAGACACGUAGAGGCGAGGGCCUCAAGUUCCGUGUGUAGAGGUUUUUCUUGCAUCGCAGAGGGCGGGUGGAGAAACACACAGUUGUCCUGCAAAUGCUUCUUUCGUGAGAGAGAAUAUUCCCUCUCUGUUGGAAGCGAUCAGGGACGAGCGAGGUUUCUGCUGCGAAGUUCACAUAGUCCAGGUCGAUCUGGAUUUCGUCGCGACAAAACUCGCCGAGACUCUCUUGCAUAGGAACCUGGGCAGCAAACAACAAGAGGCAAAACAGCAAAAAUAUCUUCAAAAAUAUCUUAACAACAGAUCUGAUAUGCACAAAAUCAGACUGGAAAAGAUCUCAACUUUGAAAGGCUGUUGAAAGAAGGUCUUCAGUAUUCACUGAAAAGACAACUUGUCUAAUAUUCAAGGGAAGGAAAUUCCAAAAGGUGGUUUAUCUUCACAUCUUGGCGCUCCCGCCCUGCUCUUGUGAUUGUGGUGCAAAUCCCUCAGGAUGCCAGCGGCACUUGCAGAAAACAGUCAGGUGAUCUGUGAAGUAUGGGCAAAUAAUCUAGAAGAAGAAAUGAGAAAAAUUCGGGAAAUAGUUCUUAGCUACAGCUACAUUGCAAUGGACACAGAGUUUCCUGGGGUUGUUGUUCGACCAAUAGGUGAAUUUCGCAGCUCUAUAGACUAUCAGUACCAGUUGCUCCGAUGCAAUGUUGAUCUGCUGAAAAUCAUCCAGCUAGGCCUGACCUUCACAAAUGAGAAAGGCGAAUACCCUGCUGGGAUCAACACAUGGCAGUUUAACUUCAAGUUCAACCUUACGGAAGAUAUGUAUUCUCAAGACUCAAUAGACCUUCUUGCAAGCUCUGGACUGCAGUUUCAGAAGCAUGAAGAGGAAGGGAUUGAUACCUUGCAUUUUGCUGAACUACUUAUGACCUCUGGUGUGGUGCUCUGUGACAAUGUCAAGUGGCUUUCAUUUCACAGUGGCUAUGACUUCGGUUAUAUGGUAAAACUUCUGACAGAUUCAAGGCUUCCAGAAGAAGAACAUGACUUCUUUCAUAUCUUGAACCUUUUCUUUCCAUCUAUAUAUGACGUUAAGUACCUCAUGAAGAGCUGCAAAAACCUGAAGGGAGGCCUUCAGGAAGUUGCUGACCAGCUAGAUUUACAGCGGAUUGGACGGCAGCACCAAGCUGGAUCGGACUCGCUACUCACAGGGAUGGCAUUCUUCAGAAUGAAAGAGUUGUUCUUUGAGGACACAAUUGAUGAUGCAAAGUACUGUGGGAGACUCUAUGGCCUUGGUACGGGAGUGGCUCAGAAACAGAGUGAAGAUGUAGAAGCAGCUCAAGAGAAAAUGAGCCUUCUGGCUAUUAUCAACAAUUUGCAGCAGUGACAACAGAAUGCUGUUCAACAGAACAUGGGUCCAUGGAGGCAAGCUUCCUCCUUUAAAGUGUUACAUCUCAAACACAUGGCAGAAGAACUAGCGUUUUUACAGAGGGCAAAAGACAUCUUUGCUAUGAAUCUUGGCUGAUUCUAAUCAGCAGUUUCAUAAUGGCUGGUAGAGUCAUGCUCUUAAGUAAAAACAGAUACAAACUACCAUGUAUAUACCUCUGUUUUCUUUUAAAACGUACUGAAUUUGCAAGGCGCACAUUUCAGAACUUUCAGCAGUGCUGCAGUUCUCAUAUGCACUUGCAGAUUUAGCUUUUGAAAGCUUGUUUUAAACCUUGUUUUGCUCUCUGUGAGGGUGAUGUGUUCCUAAGCCCUCUGCUAGCUUUUAUCUUUUGUGUAAGUAAUUCUGUGAAAGUGAUCCAUUCAGCCCUGGUGGUGGAGACAUAAUGCAUGAGACGCUUACAUCUUAGUAGCAGCCGUAAGGGUUGUGCUGGCUUGUAUUAUAGCUAGCUUCUCCUUUUAGAUUGCCGGGCCAUGUGUCAUAGAGCAGUAUGCUUAAUCUUAACUACCAUAGAAUCAAAACUGCCUGCAUGAUUGAGACUACAAUAACAAUGUGGACCAAAAAUUAAUUCCAAGUUGCCCUUCUACCAAGUUGUUCAGUAAAUGGAUAAAAUCACACGUACCUACCAAUGAAGGCUAGUUCAGCUUUUAGAUGUCCCUUUUAUAGUACUUUAAAGAACAACCCAAAAUUGUUAAAUGGUUACAGACUAAAAGUGCAUUUAAUAGUUUUGCAAAUUUCAUACAAUCUUGAAAACCAAAAUCUGUUUGAGGGAGAGAGAAAAUCCUGAUAGUGUGGUAUUUUUAACAAACUUAACUCCCCAUUAUGUAAAAGUAUUCACUAGUUGCAGUUAAAUGCUCAUGUAUAUAU